UGUUACGUCAUCCAAUCGAUUCUUCCAACCCCAUCAUCUCUAGCUCUUGACAGAAAGCCAGAGCAUCGCUUUCAAGCGGAUUGCACAGCACCGGACCUGCGGGGAAGCUGAAACUUGGAACUCUUUCUCUUACGGUGUAUAUUCGAUACAGGAUUUGUUUACUCUUAAACCCAGAUGUGGAAAUAAUGUUGUUAACUUAUUAAGAGAAUCGGGUGUGAGGUUUUUGGCAAUAUGAAGAUGUAUUUUGGGAUUAUUAUUUUCAUCUUGGGGUUCUUGACUGGGAGAGGAGAGGGAGAUAUAAAGAAUGAAGACUGCAAAAAUCCAGAUGUGGUUUCGAAAUGUGGAACGCAUUCCAGAGACUCGGGGGGUUUCUUCCCUGACUCUCAACAAAAACUACGAGAUCACUGCAAACGAGUAAUGAUUCACCUCGAUUGUGUUAAGCGAAUGGCCAAUGAAUGCAUCAGCGAAUAUAACAGACGUCUGUAUUACAAUCUGACUCACAAAAUGAUGGAAAUGAACGAAGCUCUCUGUUCCCCUGGCUCAUCUUUCAAUACAAGGUUCCUGAAACAUGUCGAAUGUUACAAGAAUCAAUCUCAACGCUUCGGUAAAUGUUCUGAAAUAUAUAUAUCGAACAUGGUCAACGUUCGGCUCAAAUCAGAAGAGGAGCAAACGAAGAUGACGUGCUGCACAAUACAGGAAUAUGACAGAUGUAUGCGAAAUGCUAUAGAAGGUCGAUGCGAUGCUGAUGCCCAAAAACUUGUACGCGAGACAGUCGUAACAGUUUUGAAGCAAACCUUCAAUUUCUGCAAUCAGUACGGAAACAUUCCCACUUCAGACUGUCUGCAUUCUCUUUCCGCCACCAAAGGUCAUGCCACAGGAAACAGGGACGAAGAAAAUGGAUACGAAAGUUCCCAGAAUUCAAUCCAUCAGACAAAACUCGUGUUUCUUCUUCUGGUUUUAGUUAUAGCCUGGUCCUGACAGCAAGAAAGUUCACUGUAAAGAAUAACAGUGUAAAUUCUAAUUUGCACAAAUUGUUACUUCAAGUUGCAGUCGUCCGUUGGUGAUAAAACAAUGGGUACUGUAAGCUUAAUACCAUUUUCGUAAGAAAAUAUCUUUGCUGAAGGGAAUAUGCGUAGAAAAUAAGUUGUCAGCCAGUGUCUUAAAGUUAAUUGUGAUUGCAUUUUGCUAGAUUCUUCUCUUGGUAAUAUGGUGCCUUCGUUUGUGCUCAUAAGAAAAUGGUCUCUGGAUAGAAUUCAAAGCUUGCAAAAGCAUGUAUAAACUUUUGCAUUACAUAAAUCUUAUUGAACUCCUUUAAGCGAAAGUAUGGUUAUUAAAUUUCGUUUAAUUUUUGUGAUUAGGGAAAGAAGAUGUUUUGUUUCCUGCGUUAAUUAGACGAAAAAGCUCCUGCUAUCGUCAAAUUUAAAAACUAAUUUUAUAAUGCUGAAUAAAAAUUAAAAGAUAAAAAAAUACUGUAUGAAUAAUGUAAAUAAUUAGUAAUGGAUGGUAAACAUUUACGUGAUAUUCUCGUACAAAAACAUACAUUUUUCAUUUUCAUAUUUUAUAAAAAGUUAGACGAUAGAAGUUAUUUUUCGAGAAGUUUGCUAGCGGAAUUUUAAUCCUCUGUAAAGCGAAAAGGUGCUUACAUAUUUUUACAUUUUGUUCACUGAAGAAUUCAUUUAUAACUUAUAGUUUUUCAUUAUAUUUAAUGAAAAAUUAUUUAUUUUAAAAUUGUUCAUAUAUUUCAAUAUAAAAAAUUUUC